GUCCGGGCCCUGGUACCACAAGGAGAAGCCUUCACAGCCGCCACCCCCCACCUGCUACCCGCCGAAGGGACCGAGGCGAGGUUACAUAGACCUUUCCAAAAUGAUUUCCCCAAGUGAAUAUGGAUCUCAUUCCUGGGAACUCUUGGUGACAGUUGAUCAUCAGCAUGAAGAGGUACAAAAGGAAUUUUUACUACAGGUCACAGGAGACCUUCAUAUUGGAGGAGUGAUGCUGAAAUUAGUAGAACAAAUCAAAAUACCACAAGAUUGGUCAGACUAUGCUCUUUGGUGGGAGCAAAAAAAAUGUUGGCUUCUGAAAACCCACUGGACACUCGAUAAAUGUGGGGUGCAGGCAGAUGCUAAGCUGAUCUUUACUACUCAGCACAAAAUGCUGCGGCUUCGCUUGCCAAACAUGAGGACUGUGAGACUGAAAGUCAGCUUCUCUUCUGUGGUUUUCAAAGCUGUCAGUGACAUCUGCAAAAUUCUCAAUAUCAGAAGGUCAGAAGAACUGUCUUUACUAAAGCAGUCAGAAGAUGUACUGAAAAAGAAAAAGAAAAAAGACAAGAACAGCAAAGAACCAGCUACAGAAGAUAUUUUAAACCUGUGUGACUCUCCAGUGAGUUCUGCAUCAUCAGGAAGUCCAAGCUUAUAUAGUAAAACCAUGACAACACCCCUUUAUGACCCCACCAGUGGGACACCAGCUUCUACAAUUACUUGGCUCAGUGACAGUCCCUUGACUGAGCAGAACUGCAGCAUCCUUGCUUUCAGUUAUCCCAACUGCUCUCCAGAAACAUUAGCAGAGAUGUACCAGCCUCGGACUUUAGCUGACAAAGCCAAGCUCAAUUCAGGCUGGCUAGAUUCAUCUCGAUCACUUAUGGAACAAGGCAUUCUGGAGGAAGAUCAACUUCUUCUACGCUUUAAAUAUUACACUUUCUUUGAUUUGAAUCCAAAAUAUGAUGCAGUGCGAAUAAACCUAAUAUACGAACAGGCCCGCUGGGCCAUCCUGUUGGAAGAGAUUGACUGCACAGAGGAGGAAAUGCUGAUCUUCGCUGCGCUGCAGUAUCACGUAAGCAAGUUAUCAUUAUCAUCAGAGGCACAAGAUUUCACCCAUGAAUCAGAAGUAGAUGAAGUAGAAGCUGCACUUUCUAAUCUGGAAGUGACACUGGAAGGUGGAAACACAAAUAACAUUUUGGAGGACAUCACAGACAUCCCGAAACUUGCUGAUAAUCUCAGGCUAGUUAGGCCCAGGAAGCUGUCUCUUAAAGCUAUCAAGCAAUAUUGGUUUGUCUUUAAAGACACUUCAGUCUCCUAUUUUAAAAACAAGGAAUCCUCACAGGGAGAACCUAUUGAGAAACUAAACUUAAAAGGAUGUGAAGUUGUACCAGAUGUAAAUGUUGCAGCCAAGAAGUUUGGAAUCAAAUUAUUAAUUCCUGUUGCUGAUGGCAUGAAUGAAGUAUACUUAAGAUGUGAAAACGAGACUCAAUAUGCUCAAUGGAUGGCUGCUUGUGUUUUAGCCUCAAAAGGCAGAACGAUGGCCGAUAGUUCUUACCGGCCAGAAGUUCACAAGAUCCUUUCAUUUCUAAAGAUGAAGAACUGGACCAUGUCUUCCCAGGCCGUCUCUGAUCCAGAAAGCCUAGACAUGAAAACAGAAUGCUUUAUCUCACCACGGUAUACCAAAAAAUACAAGUCUAAGCAGUUGGCUGCUCGUAUUCUGGAAGCCCACCAGAAUGUCUCCCAGAUGCCCUCAGUGGAGGCCAAGCUGCGUUUUAUUCAAGCAUGGCAGUCCCUUCCCGAGUUUGGCUUAUCCUACUACAUUGUAAGGUGAAUGUGGAAGAGUAGCCAGCACACCAAGGUUCCUGUUGUGUUCACAGCAGUUUCCCUGGACACUACCCACAAUACAGGCAGGGUUCUGACCUGCAUUCUUUUCUCCUGACAAAGCACCAAACACUUGAAAAAUUUUUGAUCCUGAGGCAACCACACUUGGAUUCACCUUCCUUAAUUUGCACUUAAUACCUCUUCUUAACCAUGCUACUUAGGAAUCACCUGUGGUAUAAACUGCACCAUCUGGGAACCAUUCUCUGGCACAGAGACCAGGGAACAGCCCAUAUCUGUACUGUUAAACUCUCUGACUUGCCAAACACCAGCAGCCUCGUGAGAACUGCCAGAUCAUGGAGGUCCUUGGAUGUUCCAGCUCCUGAGACAUACCUGGGAGUCAUUUGAGAGACUGCUGCUUGAUUCCAGACAGAACUCUGCCUGGGACGCUUCAAGCAAUUGAACAGAAGUUCACUUCCUGGGAAUGUUUCCUGUCACUAUUUAAUUUACUAACACAGAUCUAGAUGUUUUGCCCCCUCUGUCAGCCCUAAUUCUGUUAAAUAAACCCAAAACCUAAACUGCAUUUUGUAGCGUGGGCAAAACAUCUUGUGGUGUAUUUCCACAAACUGAUGGACUUUACGUAAGGCACUAAUUGUAGUUCAGGUAACCUUCUUUCUGUAAGAGCCAGCUUCAUUUAAGGAGAGAUGGUUCAAAAGCAGGAUUAAAAAUACUGAAAAUAUUAACAGCAGACAGAUAAGAUUUCUUCCAGCUCUCAUUAUAACAGUAGCUUCUCUACCAAAGUCAUCUUUUCCUAGCUAUUUCCCACUCAGAAAUUUCUGUCUCCCAAAGGUUCUGAUACUUUUGUAUUUAUUUUUUAUCUCUAAUCAGAAGAAAGUUGAAAUGUUAAAAAUGGCUCAGUAUUUAUGCA